CGAGGUCUGAACUUGGUCACGCUGAACUCUGAACUGAAGCGGUGCUCAGAUUCCCGAGCCCUCCGCUUUUCGGCCGUCGGUCAUCGGAGGAGGCUGCGCGAGGACGAGGAGAGGAGCUCCCAUGGCGGAGGCGGCACGGAAGCAGCGGAGCGCCGCCGCGCCCCGCCCCGUCCGCUGCAUCGUGAAGCUAGGCGGAGCGGCCAUCACGAACAAGGGGGAGCUGGAAAGCAUCGACGAGGAGAGCCUGCGGUCGGCGUGCGCGCAGCUGCGGCGGGCCAUGUCCGACGGCACCUCCCCGGAGAAGGUUAUGGGGAUGGACUGGAGCAGGAGGCCCGGCGAUCCGGCCGACCCGGUCGUGGACGCGGAGGGGUUCGCGGGCAUGGCGGGGCUGGGCCUCGACAGCAACUUCGUCGUCGUCCACGGCGCCGGUUCUUUUGGUCACUUCCAAGCAAGUAGAUCUGGAGUACAUAAAGGCGGGUUGCAUUCAACACUGGUGAAGGCUGGCUUUGUGGCUACAAGAAUUUCAGUGACUUCUCUCAACCAGGAAAUUGUUAGAGCCUUGGCAAGAGAAGGAAUACCGUCUGUUGGGAUAUCACCAUUUGCUUGUGGAUGGUCUACUCGGCAAAGAAAUGUUGAAUCAGCCGAUGCUUCUCAAAUCAUUGAGUCACUCCAUGCUGGCUUUGUCCCUGUUUUGCAUGGAGAUGCUGUUCUUGAUGAAUUGCUGGACUGCACCAUAUUGAGUGGGGACGUCAUCAUACGCCACCUUGCACAGCUUCUGAGUCCAAAAUAUGUCGUUUUUCUGACAGAUGUUCAUGGAGUAUAUGACCGUCCUCCAACUGACCCAAAUGCAGUACUUCUCAAAGAGAUAGAGGUAGAUGACAACGGAGGCUGGUCGAUUGUAAAACCUGCAUUACAAGGCAACAGAAACGGAGUGGAGAUAUCAGUAGCCGCACACGACACCACCGGAGGAAUGGAGACCAAAAUACUGGAAGCUGCCGCGAUAGCUAGGCUUGGAGUUGAUGUGUACAUUACAAAGGUUGAUACAGAGCACUCCCUGAGAGCCUUGAAGGGGGAUGUGAACGCAAGCUCAGACGAUUGGCUUGGAACUGUCAUACGCUCUGCCAAAUAGAGUUCUUGCCACAGAACAGAAGCAACACAUCUUUCUAAUGUCCUGUAGGGUUUGCCGAUGGGCUUUGAUGUUCGCCAGAUGAUAGUUUAGAGGUUUAUCCCUACUUGUUUUUUUCGAGAAAACGCAAAGGACCCUUUGUGUUUCGUUUCAUUGAAAAGAUGGAAAGUAGAAUCCUCCUAAGAGGCUGGUUAUACAUGGGUCGUGAGGUUUAUCCCUGCUGCUAUCAUUUUUUGGCUGAAUGUCACGCUAGUGUUGCGAGCAGUGUUAAUACCUCCAUCUAUCCGAGAACACGAAACCUUCCUUUGUGAUUUAUUACAGUACCUUUUUUUAUGAGAAAAUACAGUUGUUUUAUCA